GGAAGCACUAGAUGAUUUCUUACACACUUUCCUGAUAAGCCAUCCACACUGGCAAGAGAAAACAAACCGAAAUAUAAAACAAUAGCGUAAAAACGAUAGAAGCUACAGAAGAAAAAGCUCCCGGAGGCCACCGGGUGCUUUACAAACUUGUAGGGCCGGCGGAGGACCCUGCGCCCUGCAUGAGCAGAACAGCUUCCGUACACAGAGUGGAGAGGCAUGCAAACUGUGCAGUGACGUGUAAUAUAUAAAACAUGGCCUCUGUCUCUUUAAGAUGAGGCUGUGAUGUGUGCAAGGUUCAAGUUGGGGUCACUCGAAGUUCCUGCCCUCGGUUUUACCUUUUAGUUUUAAUAUAGACUGACAUCACAUGGGGCGCUAAAAACAUCGCAGAGAGAGCGCUUUAUCUCCGUGCGCGUUAGUACUGCCAUACAAAAAUAGCCGAGGAAAUUACAAAAAUAAAAAAAAAAUAAUAAUAAAGGAAACUGAUGCUGGACUCAGCACGUAUUUUACAGGAGGGGGCGAGAAAGAGAGAGAGAGACCGAGAGAGAGAGUAAAAAAAACCCAUAGCAAUUAAUAAUAAAAAGAGUUGGCGAGAGACUGAGAAACGCUGGCAUGGAUUUUUGGGAGGCUGGCAGUUUGAAGUUGAUACGUCAGAAAUGAGACUCCAGAACACUUCUGAGAUGAUCAUUCAGCCAGACCUAAAGCGGAUGGCAGAAGAAACUGGGCAUCCAGGUGGAGGGCUGACGACAAUGCUGGAUGCUAUGGAGGUCCCGAGUCACGCUAGACACCUGCUCCUGCAACUCAACAACCAGCGGACUAAAGGCUUCCUGUGCGAUGUCAUCAUCGUGGUGCAGAACGCCCUCUUCCGGGCUCACAAGAACGUCCUGGCCGCCAGCAGCAUCUACCUGAAGUCCCUGGUGGUCCACGACAACCUCAUCAACCUGGACCACGAGAUGGUGAGCCCUGGGAUAUUCCGCAUCAUCCUGGAUUACAUCUACACCGGCCGGCUGAACGAGGGGGACCAGGCCACCGAGCAGAACCUGGGGGCGGUGCUGGCUGCGGCCAGCUACCUGCAGCUCCUGGACCUGGUGGCUCUGUGCAAGAAGAAGCAGAAGCGCAACGGGAAGUACGGACACUUCCGCUCCGCCACCUUCUCCCUGUACGGGAAAAUGACGCGGGGGGGUGGCGGGGUUCGGACCUCGACCCCCGUCAUCCAAUCCUGCUUCUCUGGGGCAGGGGACCCUCCAAGGAACCCCCUUAAAAUGCCUCCCAUCGAAGCCGUGCUCCCUCACCCCUUGACCACUCACACAGGGGAGCUUUACGCCCCCUCCUCUCAGGGCAAUCAUGUCUACCAGCACCAGCACCAGCAAGGGAUCCGGCUCUCCGAGAGGGACUGCUCGCCGAUAUACGGCUUGGACUUGACCAAAAAGAGCCCAAGCUCUCAAUCCCAGCCCUCUUCCCAUCACCACCACCAUCACCACCACCAAGACGGUGGCCACGAGAACAGGGUCGACCCCCAGCAGUUAGGCUCCGGCCGCGAGAGCCCUCUCCCCACUCUGCUCGACACCAACGGCGGCCACUAUACCAGGAAAGAGCAGAGCCAGCACUUCCACAACGGCAUGGAGACAGACGACCAUCCUUUGUCUCAGCUAGCCCACCCCCACCCCUCCUCCUCCCUGACCCCCCAACCGCACACCCACAAUCAGGAACCAUUAGGGGGCACCCCCAGUCCCAGAUCUGACCUCCACGGGCAGCCUGAGCCAGGACAGGAAGUUCCCGAGAGAGGGGGUGGGGUUUACCGCUGGAUGAAGCACGAGCAGCUUUCGGGGUACCCCGAGGACGAGGAGGACUGCGAGCGAGAGAAGGACCCCCAAAACACAAUAGGAGUCUCUGAGGACAGGAAAUCCGAGGGCUCGCUCCCUUCCCAGCACGCCCCGGCAGGGGGCCGCUACCCAGCCUCCCUGGGGUGCGACGCGGAGGACGACAAGAGCGGGACGAGUGAGGAGACGGGCAGCAGCGACGGACCCUCCCCCCCGGGGAACGCAGACCGCUUCCACCUGGCCUACGAGCCGGAAUCCUUCGGGGACAACCUGUACGUGUGCAUCCCCUGCGGCAAGGGCUUCCCCAGCUCGGAGCAGCUCAACGCCCACGUGGAGGCCCACACCGAGGAGGAGCUGUACAGCAAGGACUCGGGCGGGGAGCUCGGGGGUGUCGGUGCCAACAACAGCCUGGGUGGCGGCUACCUGGACAAACCCAGCCCAGGCCUGCCGGGGGAGAUGAUCCGCCCGUACCGCUGCGCCAGCUGUGAGAAGUCCUACAAGGACCCGGCCACGCUGCGGCAGCACGAGAAGACGCACUGGCUCACCCGGCCCUACCCGUGCAGCAUCUGCGGCAAGAAGUUCACGCAACGGGGCACCAUGACGCGCCACAUGCGCAGCCACCUGGGCCUCAAGCCCUUCGCAUGCGACUCCUGCGGCAUGCGCUUCACGCGGCAGUACCGGCUCACGGAGCACAUGCGCAUCCACUCUGGAGAGAAGCCAUACGAGUGCCAGGUCUGUGGGGGCAAGUUCGCCCAGCAGAGGAACCUCAUCAGCCACAUGAAGAUGCACAGCGCUGGGGGAGGAGGCGUGGGGCUCGAUGGCAAGACCAAGGUGGAGUUCAUGGAAGGAAUCUACCCGCUCAGCAAGUACGCCGACCCCCUGGGGCUGAAGCAGGAGAGGGCCUCGGAAAUCCUGGUCCACGCCUCCCAGCACCUGCUCGCCGACUCUAAAGCCAUGGAGAGUCUCUACCCGCUCAGCAAGUUCACAGCCUCCCACCUGGGCCUCGGCCACGAAAAGGCAUCGGAGGUCCUGAGCCAGGCCUCCCACCUCUCCGGAGGGGAGCUGCGGGCGAUCGACAGGUUCUCACCGAGUUAAAAAAAAAAACAGACAAAAACCAGCAGCUCCGCAAUCAAAGACAGCUAGUGAGCGCUCUAUAACACGAAGCCAAAGCUGAAUCUUAAUAAGAUUCAAAACAACUUGUAUCUGCCCUAGUGCCUUGGCGUUUCACUGUGCUAUUUAUGUUUUAGAAGUAUGACGAACCCACAGAACAGUAUUUUGUAUCUCGACUGUUCAUGAGCUAACGAGCCAAAAAAAACUAAAGCCAAAACAAAAAGACAUUGCUGUCUCCUUAAACCUGUGUAUUCAAUAUCUUAACUAUAUACUGUAUAUAUACAUAUAUAAAAGACAAAAACGAAAAGCACAUAGCCUCUCCUCAAGGCUCUCGAGAACUUGCACUCUGGUUAUUUAGGAAGAAAAGGUCAAUGAUGCUGAUGAAAAGCCUUCAGGAUUAUACAGUCAGUGGAAGAAGUUGGGAGUUUGAUUUUUUUUUAAAUCUCAUUAAUGACAAUGCAAUUACAUACGAACCAGCACCCAGAUACCUACCGAACCCUUUAACCCAUUUGAACCCCUGUGAAGUAAUCGGCUAACAUUCCUCCCUUGCUUACGUUACUCGUGCGUUCAUGUGAACAUGAUGCUGGUUUGGGGUUAACUGUCACAAAUGUGGAACGCAUCAUUACUUUCGUUUGCUUCGGAUGAAUUUGAGUGCAGUUACUAAUAUGUAAUUGCAGUGUCAGUGAUGACAUUUUAAAUAGUGUUAACUACAUUUUAAUGAGGUGCUGGAUUCCUUACUCCCCUGAGCUGCACAGAAUUAUUGACCGGACCCGAUCUCCCCCAAACACAGGGAAACGUGAACUUCUGGUGAAUUUUAAUAUGAUUUUGUAUUAAGUAUUAUUUUCUAAUCCUGUUUUUUUUAGUAUUUGUUCCAAAGUUUAAUGAAGCAGAGGCUUCAGAUAGAUGAGGAUUCUAAACUGCUCACAGUAAUGAAAAAUAAAACAACUGAUCAGAUCUAACGUACAGUACAUAGCACUGUCUAGAAAUAAACCAUUCGGAACAGGAAGAGCUCCUUCGCAAAACUAAUGCACCUUUUUUUUUUUUUUUCCC